AUGAGCAACAAACAUUCGAAAUCGACAAAACGUUUGCAGAGAAUACUAGUGCAAGGUGUACUUUUUCGACUUGGUAACAGAGGAAUAGAAAUCUUGUUAUCAAAACGUUUGAAUGAACCGUAUAAAAAUUCAAUGCAAGGAUUUGGUGGAAAAGGACACGUGUUUCGCGGAUACUACGAUGAUGAAAUUAACGAAGACGUUUUUGUAACGCUUAUACGUGAAGCGGAGGAAGAAACUAACAUGAAACUUAUGAAAAAUAAAUGUAAAAAGAUUUGGAGUAAAACUACACCUUCUAAGAAAGAAUGGUUCGACGACCACUGUAGUGAAGAUGAAGCUCUUUAUGAUGUGACGUUAACUUUGUUCAUGUACCCUUAUGACGGAACUCAAGACGCUACAAUGUUUGAUUUUGCGAUAUAG